UAGACGGCGACAUAGAGCUCGAGUCUGCUAAAAAACAACAACAUUUCAGCCUCUUUUCCUCCUGGCCAAAAUGCCUGAGCACGUUUGAGUGACCAUGGAGCGCGUUUGCCGUCAUGUAGUGAAACGUUGACACACGGAGGAUUUAUUUCGGAGGAAUGAAAGUUUAAAGAGCACCGAAGGAGGACAACAUGGCUGUGCGGGAGGAAGGAGAGGUUUUGCACAGUAAAAUCAGACAGCAGCAGCACGAUGGUGUUGUUGGCAAUGCAAACAGCGCGGAGAGCUUCAGGAACGGCUAUGUGAAGAGCUGCGUCACUCCGUUAAAACAAGACCAUCCGAGGGGCUUUUUAUUCAACGUCUGCAGGUUUUGCAACGAGGAUAUCCUCAAGUCCAAACUAUUCCGCGGCUCGGCUCUCUACGUGGGAGCGCUGGCAGUUCUGGCGCUCUCCUGUUUCGUUUCCAGGAGCUUUCAGAGUGAACGCGGAGUCUCUGAGCUGCGGACUUUCCUCUUGGAUUUCUCCCAGUCCGUCAGUCCUUUAUUCAGCAUCGGCUGCGCGUAUUUCUUCCUCACCCUCUACCUGAGGCGGACCAAGAGGGAGAGCAGCAGAUGUUGGCUUUUGUCUUUGCCAGCAUCAUGCUACUUGGGGGAUUUGAUGGUCGUGCGAUUGUUGCAGUGGGGAGAGGAGCACCAUCAGAUGCAAAUGAUGGGCAGGUUGCUGUUUGUGCUGGGCUGCGUGGGUCUGCUCACUCUCGUCCCCACUCUCAAACUCAAACACAGCGUCCUGAUCCUGGUCUUCGCCAGCCUGGUGUGGCUGCUGUCCUUCACCAGCCUCGGCUGCCUGUCUCCGUCCCUCAGGCCGGUGCUGGCGUGCGUGGCCGGGGUCUCCGGCUCUCUCCUGGCGCUCUGUUUCGAUCAUUACUACCCGCCGAGAGAGUCGGCCGGGAGGAUUCCUAACGCGGAGGAGAAAGUUCCCGUGAUCAGACCAAGGAGAAGGUCCAGCUGUGUUUCUUUAGGAGAAACCUCCACCAGUUAUUAUGGCAGUUGUAAGAUGCCCCGCAGACCUUCCCUGCCCUGUAUAUCAAGAGAACAGAUGAUCCUGUGGGACUGGGACCUGAAACAAUGGUACAAGCCGCAGUAUCAGGGUGCUGUGAGUGGGAACGGCGUGGAUCUGUCUGUGAUCAACGAGGCCAGGAACCUGGUGUCGGAGCUGCUGAUGGACCCGUCUCUCUCGCCACACGCCCUCUCCUCACUGCGCAGUGUCAGCAGCCUUAUGGGGGCCUUCUCUGGCUCCUGUCGGCCACGGGUCAACCCCUUCACCCCGUUCCCUGGUUUCUACCCCUGCGCUGAGAUGGACGACCCCUCAGAGAGAGGAGAGAGAAAGCCAGUCAAGGGUUUGAGCAGCAGGAACAGUCUCCCUACCCCUCAGCUGAGGCGCAGUUCAGCCUCUUCAUCUCUGCCUCCUCUGGACCCGGCCUCAUCACGCUGGGAACGGACCAAUGGAAAGAGAUCACACUCUGAGCUCGGCAGUUUUGUUUCUAAUGGGCCCAACAGCAACUUGCUGACUAUUCCUAAACAGAGAUCGUCCUCCGUCACCCUCUCCUAUGGCCACACUUUAUCCAGAAGACCAGGUGCCUCUCCCAGCCUCAGUCCCGUUACCUCCCCGAGUCACAGUCCCCCUGCUGGUCCUGGCUCGUCUCUGGUCACUCGCUCACCGGUUGAGUUCCCCGACACGGCUGACUUCCUCACCAAGCCCAGCGUCAACCUGCACAAACCACUGGGCUACACAAUGAGUUCGCCAGAUUUUCAGCAGCAGUAUCGAGCUCCUGCCUCAACCCCCCUGUGUACUAGUUGUGGCCGACAGAUGCUGAAAGGUGUGGCCAGUGUGGAGGUUGUCGAAGGCCAUCACACAACAGCCAAUGAGAUGCAGAGAACACGCUCAGCUGAUGGAGCAGAGUACGGUGGGGAAAACCUGAUCCGAGAGGAGAGUUUAGAGGCCGAGUCUCAGGAGGAGAGGACUUCAGACACAGCAGGGGAAAAAAUAAAUAGCCAACCUGAGGAAGAGGAACAGACCUCCAGUACAGAGCAAUCCUCACUGGAUCCUGAGGGAGACGAGGAGUUCAGGCUGGAUCUCAUGCUGGUGGAGCAUGAAGAGCUCAUGGAAAAGAUCAACACCUGGAACUUCCAGAUCUUUGAGCUGAUGGAUUUGACGGGAGGGAAGACUGGCAGGAUACUCAGCUAUGUGGCGUACACUUUGUUCCAGGACACGGGUCUGUUUGAAAUCUUCAAAAUCCCUGUGAGGGAAUUCAUGACGUACUUUUGCGCUCUGGAGAAUGGCUAUCGUGAUAUCCCCUAUCACAACCGUGUCCAUGCCACAGAUGUCCUUCAUGCAGUUUGGUAUCUUACCACCCAGCCGAUCCCAGGCUUUCAGCAGAUCCAUAACGAGCAUGUUACUGGAAGUGAUACAGAUUCAGACAGUGGAAUCUCUCCAGGCAGGGUGGCAUAUGCCACAUCCAAAAGUUCCUCUUUUCAGGAUGACAGUUAUGGCUGUCUGGCCUGGAAUGUCCCAGCUCUAGAACUCAUGGCACUAUAUGUAGCAGCUGCUAUGCAUGACUAUGAUCAUCCUGGUCGAACAAAUGCCUUUCUAGUAGCCACUAACGCUCCUCAGGCGGUGUUAUAUAAUGACCGCUCAGUUUUGGAGAAUCACCAUGCAGCCUCUGCCUGGAGCCUGUUUCUGUCCCGGCCCGAGUUCAACUUCCUGUGCAACUUGGACCACGUUGAGUUUAAGCGCUUUCGGUUCUUAGUGAUCGAGGCCAUACUUGCCACAGACCUGAAGAAGCACUUUGACUUCCUUGCAGAGUUUAAUUCUAAGGUUAAUGAUGUGAGCAGUCCAGGCAUUGACUGGACUAAUGAAAACGACAGGUUGUUAGUGUGCCAAGUGUGCAUUAAGCUGGCAGAUAUCAAUGGGCCAGCCAAAGACCGCAGCCUCCACCUCAAAUGGACAGAGGGCAUCGUCAAUGAGUUUUAUGAGCAGGGUGACGAGGAAGGCACUCUCGGAUUACCCAUCAGUCCUUUCAUGGACCGCUCGGCUCCACAGUUAGCAAAGCUGCAGGAGUCUUUUAUCACGCACAUCGUCGGGCCUCUUUGUAACUCUUAUGAUGCUGCCGGACUUCUGCCAGGAUACUGGAUUGAUGAGGAAGGGUCUGACGAUGAAGAGGAGACAGAAGACAAUGAAACAGAGGAUGAAGAGCUGGACGAGGAUCUUGAACCAAAGAGAAGAAAGCGGCGACGUCGGUUGUUCUGCAACAUCAUGCAGCACUUAACAGAGAACCACAAGGUUUGGAAGAAGACCAUAGAAGAAGAGGAGAAGGCCAAAGAGCUGGAGACUCAGCAGAAGCAGCAGCAACAGCAGCAGUCGGAGGGUCCCAGCCUUCCUCCAUCCACCUCCUCAUCCGACGACAUCCAGGUCAUCCAGGAGGAGGCUGAGGAGGAGGAGCGCCAGUAGCAGAAGGAGAAGGUCAAUCUAGAAAUGAACACCCCUCGCUCUCCUUCACCUACACAAACACACAUGUUGACACCCAGAGGAAGACCCUCGUGGAUCUCCCCGUGCUGAAAUUUGUCACUGUGCCGACACUCUGAAGCUAAUGCAGUUCACAUUGUGUUGAAAAAAAAAGGCCUUACUACUGUGAGAGGACCCUUUGGUGGGAACCCCACUCCUAUGCACUUUCACCCCAUGGAGAAUCAGCGGAGAACCAACAGAGCUUUGAAGACCAGAUGAAAACAGACGGGAUAAUCGUGCCAUACAUGGUUACCUGGCUGUGAGGCUGCCUUCAAUGUAGAUCUCUUAACUCUCCUGUAGGUACUUGCGUCAAAUAGGACACGAAAAGACUUGGAAAUAGAAAAAGAAGACGAUGACAUAAUUCACACCCGUUACCAAAGCGAACAGUUCAAAAACAUAGAAAGACUGCGACUGACGCCGUUUCUGGCACAGCAUCCGGAAGCAUAACUCAAAAUGUGCCUGUC